AAUCGUAGCCCUCACUAACCUACGAUCACUGCACUUUACCCUACCUAACUCUUCUACACCCUGCACUAUGGUGGGUUCGGCAGAAAGUAUGAAAUCAAUUUCAUUUCUUGUUUCACCAUUAGGGCUUUUCCAGGUUCACCUUCUGUUGCUACGCUUCCUGAAGAAGGUGUCAGAAAGGGUCAGUUCUGCGGAAUCCCGCAAGGCCGAGAAAGGGUAAUGAAAGGGCCAUUCGCUAUCAACCCGAAUGUAGCACAAAGCUAAAAAGGAAAGUGAUGCGGGUUUCUCAGAAAUAAAAGUACGCAGUGGAAGAAAAUUCGUCUUGGUCCGGUAUUACAAUUUUCACCGAGAAACCCGUAGACGUUUCCUUCGUAGCUUCGUGCUACAUUCGGGUGGAUGACAAUUUUCUCUUUCACAAAGAAAAUGGUAGCGAACACACACAAAAAAAAUCGGAUAUGAUACACAAGUCAGACUAAUAUUGCCGCAUGGGCAAUGCCGUGCGUUUGCUCCUAAUUAUUUCUAAGUGUGUUGACCAAAGUUUUCGACUGGGGCUAGCUGGCAUGACCAACAUCAACGAAACUCUCUUUCAUCGAGAACCACAAGUUCGCUGUUUACCUAUGGCCUUUCCCCUCACGCAACACCUGGCGCGCUAAUUCAGCAACAGGUGUCCCCUUUCGCCCGCUGUGCUCCGUCAAGGCGCGCUCGUGACGUGGUGUCGGAGCCAAUGGGAAUGGACCUGCCAUUUCUCUGAUACAGACGUCAGACACCGGCUUUUUUGUUCAAUGGGCCAUUUAACUCCUUCGCAUCAAAAAAAAAAAAAAAAAUUUCGUGUUCUUACAGAUCGGAAGAUUCAGAGCGCAUGCUAAGGAGCGGCGAAUCCCAUUCGCGCGCAUCGGAAUUUGCGUGAUGAACGCCUGCAAUGAACGAGAAAUGGAGGCACUUAUGAGAGCAGUGCUUCCUCCCGGAAUACAUGUCACCAUAUCGGAUUGCGUUACAGAAAUUUCUCCUGGCUGGACAAGAACGCAACUUGUCAUCGUCGCAUUUAUAGCUUUUCUAACGGCUAUGAUUGCGAUUGGCACAGCCGUAGAUGUCCGCAGUACAAGAACGUUUCAGAAAAACAGGAAACAGAACAUUUUAGUCACUGCUCUGGCGUCCUUUUCCAUGGUGGCUAAUACUCGGAGCAUAUUCAGAACAACGGGAGACAAAAUCUCUGGUGACUGCAGCCUGGGAUUCCUGCAUGGCAUGAAGGCCGUCAGUCUCAUCUGGAUAGUCGUUGGGCACUGCUACGUCUCAAACUCGCACGUGUGGUCCCGCAUGGUCAACGUAGUAUUGUACGCCGACGGCUGGACAAGUGUGUUCGCAGGAUUGGGAGCUAUCGGCUUCGACAGUCUCUUCUUUCUGACUGGAUUUCUUCUAGCUUACGUCGUGUGCAAACACAAGGGGUCUAGAUUGACCAUUUUUCUGUUUGAAGUCACAAGAAGAUAUAUCAGGACCACAGUACCCACGUUCUUCGUCAUAAUGUGUCUGUACCUGUUGCCGCUCGUUGCGUCGGGACCGAACGCGAAAGAAUACUUCACCAAGAUCCACAACGACUUGAGUGCACACUGGCUGUUUCUACUGCUGCAAGUGCAAAAUUACGCUGUCUCUGCGGACCCCAAUGUUCCACCAUUUACGUAUUUAUGGUACUUGUCCUUGGAUUUCCAGUUCUUCCUUCUGUGUCUACUGAUGCUACUUCUGGUGAAAAAUAGGCCACGGCUUGCCGUGACCGUUUUCUUCUUCAUUUCAUUGGUGGGAUGCUCUGUGGCAACAUGGCAAGUGGCCGGGAACGAGAUGACGCCCUUCGUCGUGCCUCUGACCGAGGCGCCAUCGACCUUCCUGAGGACUCGUUCCUACUACUUUUUUUACCCAUACUACCACGCCGUGUGCUGCUUCAGUGGGUGUUUAACGUAUUUCGUUGCGGCGAUCUUCAAGGAAAGAAAAAUACCCAGUGCGUUGCAAAAGGCGGCGUGGUGCUUCGCCAUUGCCAGUGGCUUGUGCUGCAUGUGCAUUAAAGGGCCUUGGUACCGAACCACUGCCCCGACCACCGAAUUAGGCAAGCUGUGCACAGCGUUCUUCGACCGAAUCCUGUGGUCCGUGUUCCUGGCCUGGGUCACUUUCGCAUGUGCCACGGGGCGAGGAGGCUUCGUGACCUACUUACUCUCUUGGCGCGCCCUUCGUCCCCUCAGCAGGCUGGCCUUUGGCAUGUACGUCGUGCACAUGCCUUUCAUGCAGUUCACUCUGCACAUUUCGAGGGAACGGAUGUUCUUCUCGCACUUCUUCGUGACGUCCUUCGCCAUGGUCGUACUCACCUGGGGCUUUCUUCUUACCUACCUGCUCUACGUGUACUGCGAGGCGCCAGCGUGCAGAAUGACGGAGCUCCUCUUCAAGACUCGGUGCACGAAAAGCGACAGUACAGCCGGCGACGAGCUGCCGAUCGUCUUCGGUUCCGAAGAAAUACUGCCGCACAUCGGCGCAACGUUCCCCAAGGCCGAAAAGGAGAGUGCAACGAAGAAGAUGGGCACCAUAAAUACAUUGGACAGUUUUCAUCGCGGCAACAGUAGCCUUGUAAGCUGCCAUCUAUAGUUUCGUUUUCUGCAGUGGAGUUCCUACCAGUAAUGCUCAAGAAGCCAUUAUGUACAAAUGUUCUCAUGAGAUAGCCUGAAUUAAAAAAGGCCGAAAUUGAGCACGAGUGUUUUAAGCAUAAAUAAACAUGAAGAAUCAACAA